AUGGAGCAUGUGUGCUCUAAGAGUCCCAGUUAUGUAGAACGCAGCAUGUCAAAUGCGUUUGGAGCGAGCCCGCCGGGGAUGGGCCCCGAACAUGUCUUCGGUGCGCUUCGGCCAAUAAGGUUUGCAAAACAGCGCCUGUUAUCCGGUUCAAACACUCCACCAGUAAAAUUUGUGGACGAAACACAUGAUGUUGAAGCCCACUACCUGUCAGAUUCGGAGAACCUAGAGAGAAGUUAUUCUCAUGAUAGCUCGUUUCCAUCUUAUGACAAACCAGUUAGCGAUGAUGAUUCCGAUCUGCCCCAGGAAAGCCGCAUAGAGGUAGUGGAGAUGAGCCAGGGCAUCAAAGAUGCUGCGAUCCGUCAAGACUUUCGUCGCACCUACGAUCCCAUUCCUUACGGUUCGACACUGGGGUUGGCGAGCGUGGAAUCAGUUCCCUACCCCUUGACAGAAAACCAUGAAGUGCGAUUGAUGCAAUAUUACAUAACCUAUAUGUGCACCUGGUUCGACCUCUGCGAUUCUCGUCGUCAUUUCGCGAACGUUGUACCGCCUCGAGCAGCCUCUUGUCCAACCCUUCUCAACGCCAUAUUUGCUCUGUCAUCCCGCCAUCUGAGUCUUAACGCAUCCUACGAUCCUUACGCCUCCGACCGUUACCAUCAAGCCUGUCUCAAACGCUUGUCAACCAUCUCGAGCGAUCCCUCAGCCCUCAACGACGAUGAUCUACUCGCCGCCACGAUCCUUCUUCGAACGCUAGAAGAGCUCGAUGUUCCUCUCAUCGGCACAGACCACGAAGGUCAUCUCUUAGGGAUACAGCUUUUUAUGAAUACAUGUAACUCUACGACUCCGAGUGGUCUACGCUUGGCUUCUUUCUGGAUUGGAAUGCGACAAGAAGUUACAAUGAGCUUCGCUAGUCAAAGACCGGUCAAGAUCAGGCUCGAUCACGAGUUCAUGGAUCGGUCGCUCUCGCCAGCCGACGAUGAUACUUGGGCAAAUCGGAUUGUCCUUCAUAGCGCAGAUGUGAUAAAUUACUGUUUUGGAAAUAAUGGUCCAAACAGAGUUCGAUAUCAAGAGCUGGUUGAUUAUAACCAAGCGUGGCUGAGAGCUCGACCGGUGUCGUGGUUGCCAAUGGCAUAUAGCGCUGUGGAUAAAAGUUUGGGUGAGACCUUUCCGCAUAUUGUCUACUUGAAUAACGCCGUUGUCGUUGGCCAAGUACAUGGCUUCUUUGCACGUAUCCUCCUUAUGUGCCACGAUGAUCGUGCACCACGAAUUGGACCAGCUGCCCAACUAGCUCAAAAGGAAAUAGAUAACGAUAUACGGACACAAGUCCGAGAACUUUGUGGAAUAGCCUUGUCCAACCCAUCCACCAGACCAGCCAUGUUCACAGCGUGUAUGGGGGUCACAGCAUGUGGGGGGCGCUUCACUGAGAAACAUGAACAAAUGGCGCUGUUGGACAUUUUGAUCUUGACGGAAAAGACUCAUAACUGGCCGACGGCGUCAGCACAGGUGCAUUUGAAGAGGGCUUGGGGAUGGGAGGAUUAA